GACAGGGAGAGAAGAAGAUAGAGUAAAAAACACGAAUGGAAGAAAGAAAGAAAAUGUAUUUUUUAUUGUUCGUCACGAUUGUAUACCAAUAUGGCUUCAGUGAAGCGUCAACCUGCGAAUCAAAACACAAAUGCAAAGAAACAAAAACAUCCGCCACAUUUGCUUACAUCAGCAUGAGCAAAGUCGACAAUGUAAAGUUAAAUGGCACAAUACUAUCAAGCCAAUACGUCAACACUAAAGCAGCAUGUAAUAAACUAUGCGCAAUGCAUGAUGGAUGUCUUUCAACUAACGUUGGACCAAACAAUAUAUCAACGUUGGCUUGUGAAUUACUUGCUGAAGACAAAUACACUAAUGUGUCGCAACUGGUCAAUGCAACAGGAUGGGUGCUAUUCACUGCAGCGAAUGCCUGCGAUGAUAAUCCAUGUAAAGGAACAUGUCUGCCGAAUCAUCUUGAUAACACACAUAUAUGCUUCCCACCAAACGCUUAUUACCAACCGUUGUUAAAUUUCACAUUUGACAACAGCUUUGAAUGUUUCGCUUGCAACACAACAGCUUUCUGGGGAGAUGGGGUACGAAUAAAUGAUCCUGGUCGAAUCACUAAAGUGUUGUAUUUUCCAGACACCGUUGGUGGAGCAAUCAAUAGGGUUUUAUACCCUGAGGGCUGUUUCAAACAUUUAUCAUCGGCGUUUCCUGGCAAUUGUGACAGCAACGGCUUUGUAUUCUCAUUUUGGUAUAGAACGUUUAUGCGCCACCCUAACGAUGUAGCUAUUUUAAACCGUGACGUAAAUGGCUUUGCAGUCGCUUUGACUAAAAGAAACGCACAAAAAUCUCCAACAUGGCAUUUUAUUCUCAGAACUGAAAAAAACAGAUAUAAAGUUAUGUCUCACCCGGGUCCCGACGCUUCGCAAUGGGUUCACUUACUAUUUAAAUUCGACAUUGCGAAUGAUUUGUUUUCUGUUUACAUGAAUGGUAAACACACGGUUGAUGGCAAAAAAGAAACAAGAAAUAUUGCUCGUAAAGAGAUAGGAGUCACUGACGUACGUUUUACUUUGUACAACGGGAAGAGAAAGAGAUAUACCGGAAUGUUCGAUGACAUUCUGUAUUACAAUCGUCUGCUUUCAAAUAAAGAAAUUCUCACUCUGCACAAAGUAAGUUCGCACUAUAAUCCUAACCUGUGAGCAAACUUUUGCAGAUCUAUUUGAGGGGUGGGGUCUCAACAUUUAUCUCAAAUGAAACUUUUACUUUUAGGAGCAAUCAACGCAUUGAUAACAAAGGAUGUUACAAAUCAAAGUUUGCUUAGAUGAUGAAGAAAGACAUUGAAUUUAUUAGUUGGUCUUUUAAUGAUAAAAGUAUUCAAAGGAUUAAGAUUAAAAAAACCCUCAGUUAUAAGUAUUUUAAAGGAUAAUUCAAACACUAUUAUAUCAUUAAAAAUUAUUUCGUCGCAUUCACUUUUAUCAACGUUGGAAUUAUGACAAUGCAAUCACGAAAUGUCUUCCAACACUGGUAAAAACCAAGUUUUAUUUAUUAUGUGUGAUACUAGAAAUAUUAUGUAUUUAAACCGACACUACAGAAAGGAAAUAAUCA